AUGAAGCGGUCUCAGGAGUCGAGUGGUGAUGAGACCAGGCAAACUCAAAAGACUAAGACGGAGAAUAAGGCAGAAGUGCGCUCCUCUCCAAUAUACUUGACCACCAUAGAAGAUCUGCCAAGUGAAGAAAAUGUUGAUACAGUAGGACUACGAGACCUUAUUGGUCUUGAAGAUAUGGUUUCGAUGUUUCAAUUCAACUUCAUGUUCACCUUGCCAUUCAUUUUGGAAAAACUUCAUCCAAGGGCUAGAUCAGUUGUGAACUCUUAUUUUAUAUACGGGCGAAAGCCAAUUGGUGAUGACCAUACGGGUGACAUGCUCCGGGCGGAGAGAGAAGCUUUUGGUAGUAAGCAAAAUAUAACAAUAGAUGGAGAAACGUUGAUGAACGCGUAUGCUACACACCACACCAAGAUGAUGGUUUUAUUUUUCAAAACAAAAGAUGGAGAAGAAGAAGCGCAGGUAGUUAUUCAUACUGCAAAUUUGAUCGAAUUUGACUGGUCGAACAUGACCCAAGGUGUAUGGAAAUCACCGCGACUAAAGUUAAAGUCACGCGGUGAAAGCACGAAUUCUGACAGCUCUUCGGUUGGUAUCAAAUUUGGCAAUGAUUUCUUGAAAUAUUUACGAAAAUAUAGGAACAAGUCUGCGAAAUUAGCGGCAGAGAUGAUCUCAAAAUAUGACUUCUCACCUGUCGAAGCUAUAUUUGUCGCAUCUGCACCAGGAAACUACAACACCAAUGACCCUGAAUAUGGUCAAUGGGGCAUUGUCAAGCUACAGAAAGAAAUUGCCAAAUUCUCAAAGUCGUCAGAAAAUGGCACCGAAUCAAGAACCGGCUACGUCGUUGCACAAGUGUCUUCGAUUGCAACUUUAGGGGCUACAGAUUCCUACCUGGGUCCAAUAGUCACUAAUGCCCUGAACGGCAGACCAUUUUUUGAUAAAGUCACUGAAAAAACGAGUCCACUUAAACUCAUAUUUCCCAGUGUUGAAGAUGUGGCCGAUUCUCUAGAGGGAUACGUUUCUGGCUCGUCAAUCCACUUCAAACGACAAUCGGCCCCUCAACUCAAGCAGCUGGAAUACAUGAAACUGCUCCUUCACAGGUGGCAUGCUUUAAAGGCUGGCCGUCAAAGGUGCGCUCCACAUAUAAAAACUUAUACCAAGGUUAUCAAUAAUGGCCAAGAGUUGGAGUGGCUCCUCCUGACGUCGGCCAACCUUUCUAAGCAUGCGUGGGGCACCGUUAACAAGACGAAGGCAAACCACUGGAUUCAGUCUUGGGAAUGCGGAGUUUUGAUUCAUGCCAAUGCCUUUCGUGGCAAAAAUAACUCUCUUGUUCCCGUAUACAAAUCUAAUAAUUCAAAUGUGGAGGGUCAAAAGGACAAAAAUACCAUCUGCGUAAGAAUGCCCUACGACCUUCCGCUGCAAAAGUACACUCCUAGAGAUGUUAUUUGGUCAGCCAACGAGAACUAUACUGAGCCUGACUGGCGAGGUAAUAAGUGGAUUCUGUAA